AUGGAUAUGGCUAAGCAGAGCAUGAGCGUAGAAUUCAAGGAUGGAACAGUGAAGUGUCUUUUGAAGGAGAUACAGGCACAGAUAGACAAGAUUGUGUUUAUACAUGCGAAUCCAACACAGUAUACAGAAAUAAAGAAAGCGAUUGGCAAAGACAUGCGGAAAACAAGCAUUGAGAGUGCAAGGAUUAUUGAGAAGAGCAUUGAGCGAAUGGACAAAGUGAAUGCGUUGCUGAGCCCGGCUCAGGAAAAAGCAGGUGUGGCAGGAUGUUUACGGUCACAGCUGCAGGAUGUGUGCAAAAGGCGUGCAGGAGCAUUUGAUGAAGGCAGAUGCUGCGCAUUGUUGGCAAGCAGCCGAGUUGAGACGAUUCUUUCGCACAGAAAGGCAGCCAUCAAAGGCAAGGGAAAGAGCCUGAGCUAUGAAUUCAGAGAAAGGCUGAUUGGGUUUGUGCAGAAGCGAGGCGGCAUUCUGUGGGAGAAUGAGCGGAUUGAUGAGCUUGUGAAGUCAUUCAUGAAGGAGUAG